CAUGUUGUCACUCCAAGGCCACAGCAUCUGUCUGGAUUGGAGAUCAUUCGAGAUCUAUGUGAGGGGAAGCUGGAAGGUGGAGAAAUUGGCUCAACAGAAAUAACCUUCACUCCUGGGAAGAUCAGAGGUGGAACCCACAUAGCAGAUACAAAAACAGCAGGGAGUGUGUGUCUACUGAUGCAGGUAGCAAUGCCCUGUGUGCUGUUUGCUGCUUCCCCAUCAGAACUUCAUUUAAAAGGUGGGACUAAUGCUGAGAUGGCUCCUCAGAUAGACUACACAGUCAUGGUUUUCAAGCCAAUAGUUGAAAAGUUCAAUUUCACAUUUAAUUGUGACAUAAAAAAGAGGGGCUACUAUCCUCAAGGAGGUGGUGAAGUCAUAGUCCAGAUGUCACCAGUCAAAGAGUUGAGCCCAGUAAACUUAACAGAACGUGGUACAGUGACAAAGAUAUAUGGAAGAGCAUUUGUUGCUGGAGCGCUGCCUAUAAAACUGGCAAAAGACAUGUCAGCAGCAGCUGUGAGAUGCAUCAGAAAAGAAAUAAGAGACCUUUACAUUAACAUUCAGCCUGUUCGAGAACCUGAUGAUCAAGCUUUUGGGACUGGAAGUGGAAUAAUCAUUGUUGCAGAGACUUCAACAGGUUGUUUGUUAGCUGGGUCAUCACUUGGCAAGAGGGGAAAGAACUCUGACAAGGUUGGCAUUGAAGCAGCUGAGAUACUGCUUAGGAAUCUUAAACAUGGUGGAACUGUGGAUGAUUCUCUGCAAGACCAACUGAUCAUAUUUAUGGCGCUAGCAAAGGGGGUGUCUAGAGUGAAAAGUGGACCAAUUACACUUCAUACUCAAACAGCUAUACACUUUGCAGAGCAGCUGACAAAGGCCAAAUUUACUGUGAAAAAAUCAGAAGAGGAAGAUCCCAGUAAAGAUACCUACAUCAUUGAGUGUGAAGGAAUGGGGAUGAUAAACCCAAACUUAUAGUUUUUUUUAAAAAAAAAUAAAAAAGCAGCAAGCUGACAAAAGCAAAACUCAACAUACCUCAGUGAUGUAUUGCACUACAUACACAUGUGAACAGAAGAAGCCUUCUGUCACAUC